AUGAAAUUGCUGAAUGUCGGGAUCAUUUAUCCGAUUUCUGUCAGCAAUUGGGUUAGUUCGGUGCAUGUUGUUACUAAGAAAGGUGGUGUCACAGUAGUGAAGAAUGGUAAGGAUGAGCUGAUUCCAAAAAGAACGAUUACUGGCCAUCGGAUGUGCAUAGACUACAAGAUUCUGAAUGCUGCAACCCGAAAAGAUCACUUUCCGCUGCCCUUCAUUGACCAAAUGCUUGAGAGGUUAGCCAAUCAUCCAUACUACUGCUUUUUGGAUGGCUAUUCCGGGUUCUUUCAAAUUCCGAUUCAUCCUGAUGAUCAAGAGAAUACCACUUUCACUUGA